AUGCUCUCUAAGCGUCCAUAUGAUCAAUUGCGAAAGCAGUUUGUUCAAGGGUCGUUACCGGACCUUCUCCGGGACAAGGUGGUGUCGGUCUCAGAGUGGGAUCGAUCGCAAUUGGCAGCUUUAAAGCAGGUAGUAGAGGAGAAUGUCCCUGUUGAGAAGGUCGUUCCCGCGGUUUAUGUUGGGAGUGAGGAGGUCCGGACGUGUCCCGACAAUCAGGCUUCUGGACCUUUUCAUGGAGUAUCACUGGAAAUUAACAGUCAUCUAUUAUGCGGAUUCGUUCAUGUAGCUCCUUGUCGCACGCUACAUCAAGCAACACCAAUUACAAUUAUGAAUGCUCGCCUGCCGAACUAGAUCCAAUCAUUACAUGGCAGCUACUGCAUGUCAUGGUAACAAUGCAUUUAUCAAAUUGCGGCUGCUUCUAUUAUGGUCGAAUUCCUAGAGCACCCAGAAACGGAAACGGGAAAGCAUAGAAAGGGUGUUAGGGUUUACGGUUGUCGGGAGAGAAUGGAUGGAAUGGUAUCCUUCACAAAUUAAGCUACUUUAUAAUUAAGCAGGAA